AUGAAGAGUAUCAGAGCAUUAUAUGAAAAGCACAGACAAUUAAAACUAUCGAUUUUCCUUGAUAUCAAUGACUUUCAGAGGUUAUUUUCCAAAAUGAGCAAGAGUACAUCAGACUACAUAUUCAGGAAACUGGUAUCAUUUGAAUAGUUUUUGAAAGACUCGAAAGACCAAGACACUACAACUGCACUUAAUUAGGAUGAAGAUCAAAACAAGGUCUAGAAGUUUCAGGACACUCAGAGCAAAGACCUCAAGAAGAAACUUUGCUUUUAUGAGUUGUUAGCUGGAAUGAUAAUGAUGUCUUACUCUGAGGAGCACAACAAGGUCAGAAUGCUAUAUGUUCUGUUUGACUUCGACAACUAUCAGUUUUUAGACAAGGAUGAAUUCGUCUUACUUAUAAUGCUUACUCUUGAGGCUUGGGGCAGAUUUACCUAAACUUAAUACACAUCUAGACAUGAUCUGGAGAGAGUAGGUAAAACUAUUUUCUCAACAAGAGAUGGAAGAAUAAGCAUAAUUGAGGUAGCUGAGUGGCUAGAUCUCAAUAAACCCUUUUAGUAAUUAAUGAAAAGCAUGAAUCCAACAGUGUAAGUGCAUGAGAGAACUGGUACAUACUUACCUCUCAAUAAGCCAAAAGAACAUUUGAUAGCCUUAUCAGAAAUAUAUUUAAACAAGAGGAUAACUCACAGUAUGAAUAACUAUGAAAACCUACCAAGCAUCUAAAACCAAUCAAAAGUACCUCUCAAGAAAGAUUUCGACUUCCAAAAGUAGAUAUCUAGACUUGGGGAUAGCAAUUAUUUGCUGGAAAGGAGUAUAAUCAACAAUACUAAUAAUGGAAAUGCAUUGAAGCUUAAGAGCAUGGGAAAGUCAGAAUCUCUUCCUUUUCUAAAAAUUCCUAAUUAAAAGGAACAGUAGCCUGUAAAUCUAUUUCAGAAAAAAAAAUCAAGACCACCUUCAAUAUAAAGAAUUAUCAAGGAUCCUAGCCCCAUUAAAAAUAUUCAGAUUACAGAUGAGGAUGAUGCCGAAUUCUUUAAGCUGACGAAUAUAGAUUUCCUUGAGCCCCCACAAACUUUUAGAGAUAGACUAAUUUAAAACAAUCAACUAAAUCUGGAUAUUCCUACUGAAAAAACAAAGAGAGUUAAAUUUGGAGGCUAAAAAAAUGAUUUUGGUUCAUUUGUUUCACAAUCCUAGAACUCUCCCAGAUUGAGGUUUACUCACUCCACUUUCAAAAAUAUUUUAACUAUUGUAAGAUUUUAAUAUUAUGUGACUAAAUACAAAUUAUAGAAAGGUAAAACUUACUCAAAGUAGGACAUCCUGACUUUUAGAAAAUAUUUUGAGAAAGUGAAUGUUUCUCAAACUGGCUACUUCUCACAACAAGAGUACUAAUAAAGCAUCUAGGACUCAGAAUUGAUGAAGCGUCUUGCACUUUCUCUUUAUACCUUUUUAGAUAAAGAUGGCGAUAAUAAAGUGUCCUUUGAACAGUUGCUGUAUAGAACCAUACCCGGAAUGACUAAUGUUCACUACAAGAUCUUUUAAAAAUGGAUCAACGAUGAGAUUAUAAAGGAAUAGAAGUGUAUGGUUAACUACAAGGACCAGAAUUCUUAGAGAUAUGAUACUAAUCAUGCCAAGGAGUUGAACUUCACCUAGAUUAAAGACUUCUUGUAUAUAUUCACUCAGCUCGAUAAAAAUAAUGACGGCAUGCUGAGCCUUGAUGAGGUAAAGGGAGCAUUUAGUGGAGCAUUCACUCCAUAGUAGAUGGAAUAGUACUUCCAAGAAUAUGAUAAAAACAAUAGUAGAUUGCUCAACAUAGAAGAGUUCCUUGGGAUGAUGUCUCCUAGAGAUCAUGUCAUAACAAGAAAUCUAAUGGAGAAUCAAGUGGCCUCAUAUGUCAAGAAAAGAACUAUGGGAAAGGUUAAUGUGGUCAAGAAUUUGAUUAACAAAAGAUAAAGCGCUUAAUUAUGA